AUGGAGGAUGGCCUCCGCAUCCUCGUCGUUGUCGUCAAGGUCCUCAUCAAGGGCCUCGUCCUCGAGCGCGCCAAGGACGGUGAGGAGCGGCAACCUCUAAAUCGGAGGGCCUUCGGCGCUGCCGGUAGAAGCGAGGAUGACCUCCAUGUCUCAAAAAAAAAAGAGCUAGGAUCAGAGGAUCGUCUCUCCACCUACGCCACCUCAAUCAAGCUCCAUGUGUCGAUCACCCUCAACCUUACCGACAACAACUACACAAAUUGGAGGGAGCUCUUCCUCGUCGCUCUCGGCCGCUACGGUCUCACCGCCCAUGUUACCGGCGACGCCACUCCUUCCGACACGUCCCCCACCUCCGCUUGGGGCCGUGAUGACUACACCAUGCUCUCAUGGAUCUACGGCUCCAUCGACACCGACCUCCUCGGCAUCGUCAUGCAUCCAGGCUCUACCGCGCGCACCAUCUGGGACGCCAUCAAGAACCUCUUCCACGACAACAAGAAGCACCGCGCCAUCCAGCUCGAGGCCGACUUACGCAACAUGCCACAGGGCGAUCUCUCCAUCAGCGACUACUGCGCCAAGUUCAAGAACCUCGCCGACUCCCUCACUGACGUCGGCCAGCCCAUCACCGACGAGAUGCUGGUGAACGUCUUCUCGUUCCCGCAGUGA